UUGCUGUUAUCUGCCCAUCCCAUGCUACUUAAUCCCCACCUCUUCUCUUCUAAACUUCAAACCAAACUUCCCACAAUUUUGCCUUCACUUCCUCCAUCGCCCAUGGACGCCCAAGACGGCAGCAGCCUCCGCGUCGCCUCCUUCUCGUGUUACCUGGACACAGCCAAGGAGAGCUUGGUCCAUCGAGUCUCCGCUCAAGACAACAACAUCAGCAUCAAAUUCUCUAAGAAUAAGGAUCCUACUCACCUCAGCGCCGCCGCCGCCGCCACCACCGGCAGCCUCCGUGUGGACUCGUUUUCCCGCUCUUCCGACCACAACCUCCUCUUCCAAGUCCCCGCCCCCAUCCAAGACCCCACCGCCGCCUUCACCUUCUCCCACCACCACACCCCCAAACACCCCCCCGAGAUCGGCGUCUUCGGCGCCGACCGCUACUUCAACAUGAAGCUCGACUACCAAACCGCCAACAACCAGCCCCAGCCCCCGCCCCCGCCCCCCCUCCGCCCCCGCCCCCGCCCCCCUACUCCCACUACUCCGAGCCUCUGCUCCGAGGUAACCAGCACGACGUGGAACAGCCAGACAGUGCUGCUUCCGAACGAGACGAAGUCGAAGAAGGGCGGCGCGAGCCUCUUCAUGGGGCUCGGCUGCAGAUCCGCCCCUUGCUUCGACAAGAAAUCCGUCCGCGUCGACGAGAUCGCGGCCGCCCCCGCCCCCGCGAAGAAUCAUGAUCUGAUCAAGAAGAUCCAAGACCUGGAGGAGUCGCGGCGCUCCAUCGAGGUGUUCGGGUCGCGGCGGCAGAGGCCGUCGAAGGGGAGCGACGUGGCGACGAACAUGGAGCGGAAGCUGUCGAUGCUGACGUGGGACGCCAUCCCGACGGGGAGGAACAAUCUCCCGACGUCGACGGUGGGGAGCUGUGACGUGGCCAGCGACGCCAGCUCGGAUUUGUUCGAGAUCGAGGAUGUUUCCGGAACCAUCUUCCCGCUUCUAGAAGCAUCGGCGGCGGGGGAUGUCGACGACGCCGCGUCCGCGUCCGGAUGCAUGAGCCCGGCCACGUCGCUCUAUGCGCCGAGCGAGGCCAGCAUCCAGUGGAGCGUGGUGACCGCCAGCGCCGCGGACUACUCCGCCCCGUCGGAGUUCAACGACGACAGCGUCAGCGCCGCCGGCAAGUCUGUGAAGAUGAUCACGAGGAAUCAUCCGGUGCAAGUGGUGCAGAAAGCUAGUAGGCCUUCUGGGCUGCUGGGCUGCAAGAGCGUUAAAUCUGUAGAUGUUGCUCAUCAGAAUGUGUGUGUUAAGAUUAGUAAAGAUCAAAAAAAUCCUAAUUAAAUAAUCCUCAAUGUGUCUGCGUGAUUGCCACUGCUGGAGAGUUUUAUUUGUUGGUGUAGUUGAAUAAAGUCGAAUAUCAUGAUUUUGUAUUUGUAUAUUAUGUGGAUAUUUUUUGAAUCAAAUAUUUGUAUUUAAAUUUGAAUAAUAAAA